GUCAUGACUUGACCACGCCCCCAACUACGUACUUGUCAAUCAAAGUACGACCCCGCCCCUACACUGCCUGUUUGCACGUCGCGGAAAAAAAAAUACAGCAGCAGCAGUGGCCGUUGGGGAAGAGAGUAAAUAGAGAGAGAAGCCUCAAGAUGGCUGACUCGCAAGGCUCUGUUCACCCCUCUGGAGCUGCUGCUGCCACUGUUCCUGCCAUAGCAUCCGUUAAAAGCAAGCCAACCGAGGCGAAAGGAACCCCUGACAACCGCUUCCAGCCUUCCCGAGAUUUCAACCCGCCGCAGUCCAAGAAGGUCCGUGUCGAGGACAGAAGCGUUAAACCCAAGAAACUCAACAGGGACGGAGGUGUGAGCAGCAACGGGAGCGGGAAAGAGAAACUCCAACAGCCCACGAAGCAGCAGAGUUAUGGCAGCAGCACGGGUGUGUGGAGCUUUAGUCCAGUUAAGACGAGCAGCAGCAACCUUCCUGUGCCUGCUACCGGUGGAUCACAGCCACCGAUAAGCACACACAAAGUCUUCAAACAGAGCGAUUUCCUCCUCCACAAGGAACCCUCUUCCUCGAAACCCAAGUGCAAAAAUAAACAGAAAGAAAAGGAGAGGGAAAAGGAAAAAGGAGGCGGGGAAGAGAAAAAGAAACAUAAACUGUCGUCGACCUCCGCUCCCGGGGGUAACGUUAAUAACAACGAUGUCAGUAGGUUUAGCAACAUUUCUGCAGUUAAGAGAGAAAAUGGAGAGGUCAUGUUGCCACCCAAAGAGCACUUCAUCAACGACAAGGCGAAGGAGAGAGAGAAGAAAAAGGUUAAAGAAAGAGAGAAAGAAAAGGAGAAGAAGAAGCACAAAGUGACAAAUGAUAUCAAGAGGGAGAACGGAGAAGUCAAGCAGCCGAUUAAAGAAGAAAAAGACAAAGCGAAGAUCAACUCAGAGGAGCUGCAAAUCAAAAAAGUCAAGAAGAAAAAGAAGAAGAAACACAAAGAAGGAGACAGGCACAAGCGAGUGAAGAUGUACCACCGCUCCUGCCAAACCAUCUGUGCUGGCCUGCUUCUCUGUCCACCUUCCUCUUUGUCCACAAACUCAUCCACCUCCGAGUUAACAGACAGCUCUUCCCUGUCUCCAUUUAAGUCCCCUCUACCUAAAAACAAAACUUCCCACAAUGCACCCUCCUCUCCUCCUCUUGUUUCAAAAUCCCUCUUUAACUCCUCUUUCCACAACUCCCCGGACUCUCCAUCAUCCUCCACUAAGAUCUCUUUCCCCACAAAACCCCACCUACAGUGCACCUAUCCUGGUCUUGCAGGCCUGGAAUUUGCCCCAUACAUUCACAUAGAGAACCAGCCUAACGGAGGAGCCCUGGUGGCUCAUGCCUAUACAUCCCAGCUCGCUUCUCUGUCAAAUGACCAGAAACAGAGAUUUGCUGAGGAGUUUGUCCGUCUGGCCUUCAGUGAGGACAAAUCUCAGGCAGCUCAUUAUGUCAUGGGAAUUGUUCAUGGAGAAGCCAGCUACCUGCCAGACUUCUUGGAUUACUUCUCAAGCAAGUUUUCAUCAGCUCCUGUCAAAAUGGAAAUAUUAGGAAAGAAGGACAUAGAAACCACCACUAUGGCUAAUUUCUAUUCUCAGGUGCAGAGAACUUACAGUCAUGGCACAUACAGAGCCGGAGCAAUGAGACAGGUCAGCCUGGUGGGAGCCGUGGAUGAGGAGGUGGGGAAUUAUUUUCCGGAGUUCCUCAGCAUGCUGGAGGAGUGCCCCUUCCUGAAGCGAACUCUUCCUUGGGGGACGCUUUCCAGUCUGAGACACAUGAGUCCCACAGAAAGCGAUGACGGUCCAAUAAUGUGGGUCAGACCAGGAGAGCAGAUGAUACCUGUAGCUGAUAUACCAAAGUCUCCUUUUAAAAGAAAACGCUCCACCAACGAGGUGAAGAACCUCCUACAGUCGAUGCCCAGGACCAGCGAACCCAGAGAGAUGCUGUUUGAGGACCGGACUCGGGCCCAUGCCGAUCACAUCGGACAGGGGUUCGACCGUCAGACCACAGCAGCUGUUGGGGUGCUGAAGGCCGUCUGCUCUGUAGAAAACUCUGAGCCUCCUCGUGUAACCAAAGAUGUCGUGUGUUUCCACGCUGCUGAUUUCCCGCAUGUCGUCCAGAGGCUGCAGUUGGACUUACAUGAGCCCCCACUGUCUCAGUGUGUGCAGUGGGUGGACGAUGCCAAACUAAACCAACUGCGACGGGAGGGCAUUCGUUACGCUCGCAUCCGCCUGUGCCACGAUGAUGUCUACUUCAUCCCUCGCAAUGUGGUCCACCAGUUCAAGACUGUGUCUGCAGUCUGCAGCCUGGCGUGGCACAUCCGCCUGCAGCAGUACCACCGAGAAGAGGGCGAGCAGGAGCAGGAUGAGGAGGUGAAAAAAGAAGAAGAAGAAGAGGCGAAGGCCGACUUGAAAGAGAAAGAAACGGAAACUGUGGUUCUGGAGGAAAAAAUGGAAGAUGAAGAGAGAGGAGAAAAGAAGGGUGAGAGAGGAGUGAAGGAGAGGAUAAAGGAGGAGAAUGAGGAGGUGGAUGUGUCAGAGAAAAGAACGUUUACUUGUAAAAAGGAGGAACCUGAUGAUCAACCUCAGCAUCCGCCUCUGUUGCCUCAGCCUGUUGUCUCAGUGAACUCUAAUAGGAGCAGUCCCGGAGUCAAAGAGGAAGAGGAGACGGAGAGGCAAGAUGAAGAUAGAAAACCCAAACAGCAGGAUUCUCCUCCUGGAAAGAUGAAGACAGGACCUCCAACUUCUCCCCCCUGCACAAAUAAUUCAUCAUCACUGCCCUCUCUUGCCCCUCUUCCUCUUAAUAGGGAUGCAAAACCCAAAGCUUCAUCUAAGUCUCACCCCCACCAUCAUCAUUAUCAUCAUCAUCAUCAUCACUCAGACAGCAGGACGGUGUCUUCCAGUAAAAGUCCUUCCUCUUUAGCUUCCAGAUCGUCCCUUUCUCCACCUUUUCCCAAGUCUUCCACCUCUGUAACAUUUUCACCUUUAACAGGAACGGCUGUCACUACUUUGCACUCUUCUUUUUCAUGCUCUACCUCUUCUCCUUCCACGGCGUCCUCCUCUUUAGCCUCCCCUUCACCCCUGACAAGUACCAAGACCCCCACGGACUCUAAUAUCAAUAUGCCUCCCCCUACCUUUUCUUCUUCCAGUCAGCUGCCUCCUUCCUCUCAGUCGGAACAUCCUAAAAACUCCCUCCACCUGACGGCAGAUGUCUUUUCAGACACACAAACACUUCGAGCAUCACAGGAAUCCCCUGCUGUGGACGUCCAGACACACAUCUCUCAAACUGACACACGGACACACUUUUUGGCCGACACACGGAUGCAAACACUCCCGGAGACUCACAGUUUGGACUCGGACUCCAGGACAUCAGCGGAUUUGCAGAUGCAUCCACAACUGGAUGCGAGCAGGAGAGGAAUUUACAUGCAGCACGUCCCCCCACCACACCUCCCUCAGAUGCUUCCUCCUUCUUAUUCUCCUCUCCUCCCACACGCCCAUCUUCCUCACAGACCUCCAGUCCUCCCCCCGAAUCCUCUCCCCCUUCAGCCACAGACUCUAAACUCUUUCCUCAGCCCGACUGGACCUCCUCAUUCUGUUCACAUGAGCCACCUGCAUCCCCCACAUCAACCGAACAUCACCACCCAGUCUCCAUCAUAUUUCCAGCCUCCCCUCAUGUCUCCUUCAUCUCAGCCAAAUGCUCCACUUGGGAGCCCCCAGUCACUCCCCCCUCAUCUGUCUUAUCAGCACCAGUUGGCCAAAACGUUCCUCCCUCCUCCUCAGCAUCCCAGCUUCCCCUCUCACCCCUUCCUCCCUCCCCAGUCUUUCCUCUCGCAACCACCCGGUCCUUACCCCCUACAACCGCAAUACCAAACCUCAACCUCGAUGCAGGUUCAGCUCCCUCUGUCACACCCUUUUCAUCAUCCCCCUCCUCCUCCUUCUGUCUCUCCACCUCUUCCUCCCCCUCCUCUUCCACCUCCGCCUCUCCCUCAGUCUUCACCUUCUGUCUUUUCCCCUCCCCGAAGGCAUGAAGAGGAGCAGAAGCAGAUUUUAUAGUAGUUUUUGUACAUAGACGCAGAUUUUAAAGGACUUUAUAUGUACAUGGUUUUAUUUAGGUUGUGCUGUUGUAAAACGAUGUAAAAAGGAAACGAGGAGGAAGGAAGUGGAAACAGUAACAGAGUUUAUAUAACAGACCGCUGGAUUGAACUGGCUUAGACAGUACUCGUGCUGCAACUCUGCACAACUACAAAACCACCAUGAAUGAAAGCAAACAGGCUGUUUAGCCUGUGAUUGUUAAAGGGUGCACCGAUUUUAACUCAAGUUUAUUGAGGCUCGUGGUUCAAAUGAGGUCCCUGUUCUGCAAAACGGCUGUCUGGUUAUGUUUUGUUUGUCCAGAAUUUCAGAUUAUCUGUGAGCCAUCAGCCAAGAAACAGGAACAUUACAGCACUUGUCUGCCAUAUUCUUCUUUUUUUUAUUUAUUUAUUUUUUUUUAUUAACGGUCCCAAUGACCAUUCACCAUUUUGUGAAAUUUGCAGCUAAUACUUCCAUUUUUGUAUUUUAGUAUUUUUUUUUUUAUUUUUUUUUACAUGUUCUCUGCCCAUGACUGUUUCUGGAGUAAAGAUAGGAGUAAUAAUUAUCUAUACAGCUGUAUUGAUGUAGUAUUACAACGAUUUCUCUACUGUAUUUUAUUAGCACAUCUUAAUCACUACAGAAUAUGGCAGGACUUUUCCCUCAUAUUGUUUUUAGAGCAAUAAUGCUCAGCAAUAAUUCGCUUGAUGUGAAAGCGCAUUAUGUCAGUGUCUUUAUUUACAUUUUAAAGCUGUCAAUGGUAAUCCGUUACGAGGAAUGCAAUUAACAAACGUUCCUAAACACAUCUAGUGUUAUAUUGGCAAACAAGAAUGUCAGCCCACAUCAGUUAUAGGUCACCAAAUAAGCUCCAGUAAACAAGACUGUGUUCAGUCAGGCAAUUGAACGGGUUACAGUUUUAUUUAAUGAUGAUGCCUUGUACAUAUUGCCCUCUGUUGGCUGUACUUAAGUUUUUUUGUUUGUUUUUUUUCCUUUUAAAAUUUGGAAAACAACAUAUAAGGAAUUCAACCCAGACAAGGCUGUUGCAGACGGACCUCCAGAGUCUCAGGAAACACAUUCAGGACUUAUUAAAAUAUAUUUAAAGUACACUUUAAAAAAAUCCUCAGACUGUUGCUUUUACUUUACUGGACAGUUUAGAGCUUCAGGUCGUCUUUUCAGUGAAUUAUUAACCAGCCUGCAACAUAUUUUAGCAAAUAUGCAGCUAUGUUAUAGAGUUUAACUGAAGAUCUCACAUCAUCUGGAUGGAAGUAACAGAAUUAAGAGCAAUAUAUAGACGUGGUAGGUCAGCACUUCUAAAAUGAGACACCUUGCAGCCCUUUUUAACGGCUAGAUCAACUUCUCUGUAAAUACAGAUGAUAUUAUUGAAGAACUAUUGGAUUGUGGCUCAUGUCAGAUUAUCAACAGGACAAGUUCAGGUUCUUCCAAGAGUAUACAUUUUUUCAGGCCUUUAGUUCUGUGCUACAUUUUUAUCUAUAUCGUUCUUUAAAACACUUUGAGAAUAGACGGUACUGCUCCAUCCCAAAGCACUAUUUAUUUACCUGAAGUCCAGUUUCUCUACAGUGUUCAGCAUCCUUUAUAUUUAUUCAACAACCAGGGACUGAAGUGACCGCUUGUCUUUAAAAGUAUAAUAAAUUAUUAAAGGUCCCUUGUAAUGAUGAGUGUAUGAUUCUUGAAGUAUGUGGUGUUAGGAUCAGCCUCUUCUGUCUCUGUGCAUGCCUCACAGCUGUGGAACUCUGUCAUCAGUAUCAUGAUUUUUACGUCAAUAUUGGAGUACAGUCGACUUGCUAAUGUAGCUCGCAGCAUUUCCCCAGUGCCUGUCCUUAACUGUGAACUACUCAAUGGUCCAGAGGCACGCAGUGCAUGAGUUCUGUCCUUUCAGGGGUUGCAGUUUUAAGUUCUCAUCGGAAAAUGAGAGCAAAGCCUUAAAUUGGUCUCUAAAUCUGCUGAAAAGCAUCCAAAUAUCUGUGGUUUGAGUUGAGAUAGCUCAGAGGAAUGACGUGCACAAAGCAGGGUUGUAUUUUUCUUAAUUCGUCUCACCGCAAGCCUGCAAAAUCCUAAAAAAAAAAUGAAGGAUAACGCCUUAGCUUUUUUUGCCUCAAAAGACUCCAUUUCAGAGACAGAACUCUUUUCUGUGUGGCUCUGGGGAGACGGGAGGUAAUAACUGAGCACUUGAUACCAGUCGUAAUGCGCUCAGCAACCCUUCUUGUGCUUUUGGGUGUUAGAUGUUACAGAAACAUGACAGGAACGUAUAUUUUUUUGUAAAAACGUGACAAAAGUUAUGGUUGAAAACAAAGGUGUCCUCAGGGGCUAGCGUUGUUUUCACAGAGUUUAUUUAUCUCAAGUCUAGUUUGUUUUUCAUUUUAGCUUUUACUUUAACUGUCGGCACUGUAGUGUACAUAAGAAGUUUUGUAAAGAGGAAAAAAACUUGUAGUGUGGUUUCUACUUUAAAUAUGAACCUAGCUAAUAAAAGGUUCAGUGUAUGAA